CAAUAAACGGGGUGGCAGUGAUCAGGUUCUUCCCAACGCUUUAUCGAUAAGAUAAUUUUUUUUGGGCAAUUUUUUCCAUCCUCCCAUCGGUCUAACGCCCUGGGUAGGGAACUGAGGUAACUCCGUACAUGACACCUCCAACACCGCUCCCACCUCUAACCACGCCUUCUUGAUUCUGCAUUGCAACUGUCAUUGACCGGUUUCUUCAGUCUUGUAUAUAGAUACGACAAUGGCGGCGACAAAGCGGUUAGUAUCCGACCGCGACGCGGGUGGUGACGUCGCGGGACCCAGCAAGAAACAGAAAGUCUCAAAGGCGUCUUCUGUGAGCGAGAAAGACGAUGGUGCUGCUGCUACGAAUAUAGAAAAGAAGCAGAAGAAGAAGGAAAAGAAAGAGAAGAAAGAAAAUAAAGAAAAGCGAGAGGAGGGAGGAGAUUCGAAGGAUAAGGAGGAGAGGAGAAAGGAAAAGGAGGAGGAGAAGAAGAAGAGAAAGGAGGCGAAGCGCGAAAAGAAGAGACAGGAGGAAGAGCAGAAACAGGGUCAGGAAGCUUCUCCUAAGGAUAUAUCUAACACAGAAGAACACCCCGAGAAAGAACGUUCGGAGGAGAAGAAGGAAAAGAAGGAGAAAAAGAAAAAGGCAAAGAAGGAUAAGAGCGAGAAGAGCGAGGCCACAACCUCUAAGGCGAAUGGAGGAGAUACCGAAGGAUCUCCAGCACAAAACGGGACGCAGGCACACAACGGCGCUUACAAACAAACCCCAUCUCUGUCGGCGCUUCCUCAAUCCGUCAUCGACGCCUUCCUGGCCGAACAAUCCAUCUCCAUCGACGAUCCCCACAACACGUCCCCAUCUCCUCGGCCAGUCUUGGGCUUCGAGCACCUUCCGUCCACCGAUCUCCUUCGCAAGUCACCCUUCGCGGCGUACAAGACUCCGACGCCCAUUCAGGCUGCCUCGUGGCCCUUUACCCUGUCCGGGCGCGAUGUAAUCGGCGUCGCGGAGACCGGCUCCGGCAAGACCAUGGCCUUUGCGCUCCCCUGCGUCGAGAGCAUCCUGAAAAUCAAGAACCGCUCCAUCAAAGCCGUCGUCGUCUCUCCGACCCGCGAACUGGCCAUGCAGACGCACGAGCAGACCGUCCAGCUGGCGUCCCACGUAGGUCUCAAGUGCGUGUGCAUCUACGGCGGCGCCUCCAAGGACGAGCAGCGCACCGCCCUCCGCAAGGGCGCCGAUAUCAUCAUCGCGACGCCCGGACGGCUCCGGGACUUCAUGUCCGACGGCACCAUCUCGCUGGCGGACGCCCGUUUCGCCGUCCUGGACGAGGCCGACCGCAUGCUGGACAAGGGGUUCGAGGACGACAUCAAGGACAUCCUCGGCUCCAUGGCCCCGCGGGAGGCCCGCCAGACGCUCAUGUUCACGGCGACCUGGCCCGCGUCCGUGCGUACGCUGGCGGCCACCUUCAUGGUCGACCCGGUCAAGAUCACGAUCGGGUCGAGCGGCAAGGAGACGGCGAAUGGCGCCGUGGAGCUGCAGGCCAACUCCCGCAUCACGCAGCACGUGGAGGUCCUCGACUCGCGCAGCAAGGAGCAGCGUCUCCUGCAGAUUCUCAAGAAGUACCACCACGGCGCGGCCAAGGACGAUCGCAUCUUGGUCUUCUGCCUGUACAAGAAGGAAGCUACCCGCGUGGAGAAUUUCCUGCAGCAGCGCGGCGUCAGUGUAUGCGGCAUCCACGGUGACCUGAGACAGGAUCAGAGAACCAGGAGUCUCGAGGCCUUCAAGUCGGGUUCUACGCCCGUGCUGGUUGCCACGGACGUGGCCGCGCGUGGGUUGGAUAUCCCUGAGGUGAAGCUCGUCGUGAACGUCACGUUCCCGUUGACCAUUGAGGAUUAUGUCCACCGCAUCGGCCGGACUGGUCGCGCGGGCAAGACAGGCGAAGCUAUCACGUUCUUCACGCAACAAGACAAGGCGCAUUCUGGCUCGUUGAUCAACAUUCUCAAAGGAGCAAACCAGCCUGUGCCUGAUGAGCUGUUCAAGUUCGGUACCACCGUCAAGAAGAAGGCACAUGACACCUACGGCGCAUUCUUCAAGGACGUGGACAUGACGAAGAAGGCUACGAAGAUCGUUUUCGAUUGAUGAUUGGGGGUAUCUAAGGGAUGAACGGAUGAGAACAGAACUUUCCUGGCCGUCUCAAAUCUACACCAUGGGCCUUUGUUAACAACUCAUAACCUCAGCGUAAAAUCAUGGUGUUUUUCCCUUUCUGACAUACUCGUAACAUUGGAGGAUGAUUCGGCGCUCGCCGAAUAGUCUUGUGGAUUUUGUCAGUUGUCAAAAUGCAUUCCGUUUUCGUACAUAGAAGAGAAAGGAAAAGGGGGGCCCGUGAAUGCAACUUACACAAGAAGAACGAAUGGAACGGCCGCCACCGCCACCUUCACAACGU